ACGUAGUUGCGAAGACAUGGCCAACUGCGCUGCAGUGCGAUCCUGUUUAAUUUGAUAUAAAUAUUCAGUUACAGUAAAGGAUAAUUCGUUUUUCAAAAUCUACCACGUGCAGAAAAAUGUGCAAAAACUGUACAGGUUAAAAAGGUGUUAUGUGAACACUUGAAACGCACUUGGAAGCGAGGCAAUCGGUAACCACCAGAAUGGGUGACCCGGAUUCUGCCACCAUUAAGAAGACCCAAACCGUGCUGGGGAAAUAUGUGAAAAAGCCGGCCCUGACGGAUAAAUUACUGAAGAAACCGCCGUUUCGAUUCCUUCACGAUGUCCUCAAUGUGGUCAUCAAGGACACGGGAUUUUUGAAUGGUUUAUACACGCCUGAAGAGCUGAUAUCGGAUAAUAUCAAGGAUCGGGAUGCGAAGAUCGCCUAUCUGCAGAAGUUGAUUGAUGUCACUAAAAUCGUGACUGGCAAAGACUUGAAAGUUCGUCCUUCGAAAGUCGUUGCCGGUUUAGAGCCAGAUAAAACAAACGAACUGUUGCAGGCGAUUGGUUAUGCACUCGAUAAGAAAUUGGACAGCUCAAGCGCUGUUCAAGCAUAUGUGAAUGGCACUAGCGAUGAACCAUUACCUACAAAUGGGAUUAAACCCAAAGAUGAUAAAAAGAAGGAAGAGAAGAAGAGCACCGAAAAAGACAAGGACAAAACAAAAGAAAAGGAUAAACCCAAGGAUAGGGACAAAGACAAAGUGAAAACAAAAGAAAAAGAGCGUUCAAAACGUACCAAUGAUGUGGAAACGAAGAAAGAAGUUUCAAAAAUCAAAUCAGAAAAAUCGGAAAAGACUACUAAAACUAAAGAGAAAGAGAAAACGUCCAACAACAAAGUCGAAAAGAUUAAAACUAGUAGAACUGACACCAAAACGACGAAUGAUAAAAAGAAAUUAGAGAAGCAAAGAUCAAAAGACAAAGAAAAACCCGUCGUCAAGCGAACAGACUCAAUCAAAGACGAGAAUGUUUCAGUUAAUGGAAAACAGCAAUUAAACAACAUUGCUGAGUCAAAUGUGGAAAACGAAAGAAAAGACUCGUUGAAAGACAGUCAAGAUAUCCCAGAUAUCCAGGGUAAACAGCCUCCUGCCACUGCCGAGGAUGAGUUGAUUGCCGUGAUAGACGAAGAAGCGGAACUACGAAGGUCGGAGAAAAACUCUAGCCGUAGGUCAUCACUCAAGAAACAAGGCAUCCUAACACCAAGUGAGAACAACGCACUAGCAGACCUUAACCAAUACAACGGUCUAGAAAUUCAAGGUCCGAGCCGCCAGAAUAGUGGCAUCAUGGGGGAAGCAAUCACCAGACACGAUUCGGAUCCAGUUGAACCAAUCUCCAGCGAAAGAAUAUCCGUCAAACCGCCAAUCAAUCGGCAACAGUCGGUCGAUAGCGUGAUGCGACCGAGAACCAGCUUGAGGCCGCCGAGUGUUCGCCCACCGUCGGCGCGACCUGGGGCCCCAAAGCGAAAGGAGAAGAACGUGGAAAUUGUGCUGCAACCGAACGAAACGACCAAAUUGGGUGAAAUCAACGUGAAAAUGGAGGUGUUCAACAACGAACUCCUGGACGACGACGGCGAAAAUCUGAUUGUCAUCGAAGAUCCCACUCAGUUUGGCGAUGUGUACGGUGGCGCACAAACGGAAUCGGUAGAAGUGAAAGAAGAGCAGGAGCAAGGUCAUCUGGUUCAACAGAUCUUGGAAACACAGAAGGAGUUCUCAAAUAUUGCCGGGACGGAAGCAGGUUUAGAGGUUCCCAAGAAAAUGGAAAAUGAAUGGACAACCAGCCAAAGGCAAUCGUCUGUGAAGCAGAUGGAAAUGCUACGUGAGUCGAUUCAGAAGUUAACUCGAUCAGUGAAUCCGCUGGGAAAGCUGAUGGAUUUCAUUCAGGAAGACAUCGAUUCCAUGGAGCGUGAGUUGACCAACUGGCAGCAGCUUUACUCGCGGUCUGUCGUAGAUCUCAAUAAGGAACGAAGUGCGAAUGAGAAUGCAGUUGAACCACUGAAGCAUCAGCUAGCACAGAUCGAAACCAAUAUUAAGGAAUACCGAGAUAUGGUGGACGUAACGAGGGGAAACAUUCUUCAAAACGAACAGAAAAUCGAAAGAUUAUACAUGACGGAGAUUUAAAUCGGUUUUUGUUUUAAAAGUGUUGUGUUUUCAAUUAAAUAUUUUAUAAUAGGAACAGCUAUGGAUACUACAGGCUGUAAAGAUGCAACAUGUUGCAGUAAUCAUUUUUCACGAUUUCAUUAUGUCAUCAUCAUCAGACUGGAAGUUAACAGGACAUUAUAUCGAAAAAAAAAAACAGUUGAGAUGU